CCUUGUGGAGUCACCACUGGUCACAUAGAAGGACCUCGAACUUCCUUUUGUGUUGCUGUGACUUCCAGAAAUGGCUACAGUCUCCUUUGGAAUCCAGGUCCUGUAAAUACUCAGCUCCUCCUUUUUUUCCUUUUUUUAUUGUUGUUGUUGUAGUUAUUAAUGUUGUUGUUACUGAUGUCAUUGCUGGUGGAUAGGACAGAGAGAAAUGGAGAGAGGAGAGGAAGACAGACAGGGAGAGAAAGACAGACUCAUGCAGACCUCUUCUUCACUGCCUGUAAAGCGACUCCCCUGCAGGUGGGGAGCCGGGGGCUCGUUCCUUUUUUUUUUUUUUUUAAGUCAUCAUGGAGGCUUUACUGCUGCAGGCCAACUAGCUGGGUGCUGGGGGCAGCAUCAAAACUUCCUCCAAUGCAAAGAGGGCCAGUCGUGACCCUGGGUUAUGCAAAUGGCAAGGCAGAUUCACUAUCCAGCUUGAUGUCUGGCCUCGCCUCCCUGGAUGCUAAGACCUCCAGCCGCCUGGGCAUCCUCACUGUGGCCUACUACCUGUGGACCACCUUCCUGGCGGUCAUCGUGGGCAUCAUCAUGGUCUCCGUCAUCCACCCAGGUGGGGCAGCCCAGAAGGAGAUGACAGAGCAGAGCGGGAAGCCUGUCAUGAGUUCAGCUGACGCCCUGCUGGACCUCAUCCGAAACAUGUUCCCAGCCAACCUGGUGGAAGCCACUUUCAAACAGUAUCGCACCAAGACCACACCCAUUGUCAAGUCCCCCAAAGUGACAUGGGAGGAUGGCUCUCCUCACCAGAUCCUCAUCUAUGGAGUUCAGGGAGAGAAUGGUUCCCAUGUGCAGAACUUUGCCCUGGAUCUGACUCCACCACCUGAAAUCACUUACAAGUCAGAACCUGGCACCAGUGAUGGCAUGAAUGUGCUGGGCAUCGUCAUCUUUUCUGCAACCAUGGGCAUCAUGCUGGGCCGUAUGGGUGAGAGCGGAGCCCCUCUGGUCAGCUUCUGCCAGUGCCUGAAUGAGUCUGUCAUGAAGAUCGUGGCAGUGGCCGGGUGGUACUUCCCUUUUGGCAUUGUGUUCCUCGUCGCUGGCAAGAUCCUGGAGAUGGAUGACCCCACAGCAGUGAGAAAGAAGCUGGGCUUCUAUGCCAUCACGGUGGUGUGUGGCCUAGUGGUCCAUGGCCUCUUCAUCCUGCCUCUGCUCUACUUCUUCAUCACCAAAAAGAACCCCAUUGUCUUCAUCCGUGGUGUCCUCCAGGCCCUGCUCAUAGCACUCGCCACCUCUUCCAGCUCAGCCACGCUGCCCAUCACGUUCAAGUGCCUGCUGGAGAACAACCACAUCGACCGGCGCAUCGCCCGCUUUGUGUUGCCCGUGGGUGCCACCAUCAACAUGGACGGCACCGCGCUCUAUGAGGCCGUGGCCACCAUCUUCAUCGCCCAGGUCAACAACUACGAGCUGGACUUCGGCCAAAUCAUCACCAUCAGCAUCACAGCCACUGCGGCCAGCAUUGGGGCAGCAGGCAUCCCCCAGGCUGGGCUUGUGACAAUGGUCAUCGUGCUCACUUCUGUGGGACUGCCCACCGACGACAUCACGCUCAUCAUUGCCGUCGACUGGGCUCUGGACCGUUUCCGUACCAUGAUUAACGUGCUGGGCGAUGCACUGGCUGCAGGGAUCAUGGCCCACAUCUGCCGGAAGGACUUUGCUCAGAAUAUGACGGAGAAGCUGCCACCCUGCGAGACCAAGCCCAUGAGCCUGCAGGAGAUCAUGUCCGCCCAGCAGAAUGGCUGUGUGAAGAGUGUGGCCGAGGCCUCGGAGCUGACCCUGGGCCCUGCCUGUCCCCACCACAUCCCCGUGCAGGUGGAGCAGGACGAGGAGCAUCCCGCUGCCAGUCUGGAUCACUGCACUGUUGAAAUUGGGGAGCUCGAGACUAAUGUCUGAGACUGUGGAGCUGUGCGGGGGGGGGCUCUGCAGGUCUCCAGGGUUAGGGGACCAGGGUGGGGUCUCAACUUGCUGACCUCCCUAAGCAGCCAACUGGGGCCACCAGGCUCACACACACAUCCCACCCUUAGGAGGUUGGAAAUUGCUGCACUUGUGGCAAGUGUGCUCCAGAAAGGAAGUCCAGAGAAAGAGAACAAGUGUCCAGCAUAACCCAGCCCUGGCUAUGACAUUUCUACCAGGUCAACCCCUGAGAGAGGCAGGCAGGGGGUGUGGCCCUCAUUUUCUGGGAUGAGAGUCAAGCCUCUGGGAGCUGAAGAUGUUUGCCAGGGUCUCAGGGCAAAGGAUGCCAGGACCUGGAGUCGAAGUCAGGCCUUCCUCCUGGAGGACAGAGGAGUUGCCCUGCUCCAGGAACCCCACAAGUAUCACUGCUUUCAAUUUAUGAAGAAUUGACAACAGCGUCCUGGCUCAGUCUCAGCCACAUCGAGGCCCAGGCCGCCCCCACUAUGCUCAGUAACACAAGGUCUCAGAUGAACAGCUGUCCCAAAGGGUGAGGCCAGUCCAAGGCCAAGGCCUAUUGCCUUCCACAUGCCACUGCCGGCAGAGUUCAUCUGGUGUGGAACCAGGGCUGGCUUCGACAAGCUGCACCCAGCUCAGCCUCCCACUGAGCAGGUGAGCCAGCUGAGAUCCAGGGAGGUGGGCUGCCCUGGGAUGCUAUGGUCCAGUUGCUCAUGUGACUCUGCAGGCAGAAGUCCCCUCCUUGCCCCUCCCUCCCUCCCAGCCAGUAUGUGUAAUCAAAUGGAUUCAAUUUUCUAUUCCUUUCUGUGUUUGCAAGUUCUGUGAUCACUAAAUAAAGAUACUUUGUUUUCCAAGCCUUGCCAGCUCAGCAACUGUACUCUGGCCAG